GUAAGGAAGUCUCGCUGUCCAAGAGCCCUUUUUCCAUCCAUUUUUUUUUGCGAUUCACACGACUCUCUCGUAUAUGGACAGUAUUUCGAUAGCGGUUUACCAUAAUUUGUUGUUAGGCCCGCAAGCCAGCCAUGGACGACUACAACCAAGGAUUCCCCUCCUCCUACGUCCCACCUCCAAUGUACACGACACCCAUGCCAGACCCUAUGGGACAUGUUCGCCCCGACACAUUUCUAGACCCCUUGCGGAUGCCUUUGGAGAUGGAACGAGGGGUGUACUAUGGUCGAGACCCGCAAGCGGAUGUAAUGGGACGAUGGAGUGGGUAUGACCCUCCCCGAAUGGAUCCGCCACUACCAGCACGAGGAUUCCAGUCUCCACUGUUUGACAUGCAAGCUCCCUUGACACGCCCAUUUCGGAUUUCAUUGACAGACUCUUGCGACCACGAUACAUCCGAUGUCCGUUCAGAAACAUCAUCACAUGCCCAAACCGGUUCUGAAGAUUCCUCUCAAACCCAGAAAACACUCUUAUCUCGUCAUGUAACGUCGGUGAUAUCCCAUUUCACAUCCAAUAAAGCAGGGUACAAGCGGUUAUUACAUGAACUCGACGAUUUCAUUCAUGUAACGUCUCCUUCGGGACAGAUACUGUAUACCUCGCCUUCAGUCCGCAGAAUGUUGGGAUACACACCGACAGAACUCGUGAAUAUGAACAUUUCAAAAAUUUUGCACAGAGAUGACCGACAGCACGUAUUAAACACCCUCACAGCCUCCCUCCUACACCCCAUCGACCAAACCCUGUAUGCACGGUACCAAAAAAAAGCGGGCGAUUUCAUUCUACUCCACGUGAAAUCCAAACCGCUUGUCAACGACGCGUCAACAUGUAUUGUACAUACUGGCCGAGAAUACCGCUCCAAAGCCUCCAUAUCCAUUGACUCGUUAUUGGAAUACCGGAUUGAGAAUCUGAGGUUACGGAGGUUGUUGGAAAAAGCGGUUCGUGAGCGUGGUGGAGAUCCUGAACAUCAUCCGUUGUUGAGAAAAAAGGGGCAGGGCAUUGUUACGGCGGUGGAAUUGGAGGAGGAGGCGGAUGAGAGUGUUGUUGUGGAUGACAAGAGGGAUAAAGGCGCGAAACGAAAGAAAAAGUCUCGGGUGCCGACUGAAGAACUCUUUUGUCGACAAUGUGGGACGACGCAGUCACCAGAAUGGCGUAAAGGCCCAUCAGGACCCAAAACAUUAUGCAACGCAUGCGGUCUCGCGUUUUCGAAAAAACAACGCAAACUGGAGCGAGACAAUAAACCAGAGGAUGGUGUAGGAUGAAGAGUUUGGCAUAUGGGUAUUUACAUCUAGUUGUAUUGGUAUAUGCCAUAUUUGUAAAUAAACGGGUUGUUGGAUUGGGAAACAUGUAAUAUAUAGUUUCACAGUCUAUAUACACGACCAUCAUCUACCCA